CCGACGGUCUUUUGUGAUUUUUCUAAAAUUACACCCCAAGCCUUUAGUCAGCAGGCACACAUGGCGCCUGUGCAUAUCAUGACCGUGCACUGGUGAUGAGCUGGUAACCGGGCACGCAUAUAAAAGCUAGAGGAAUCUUCCAGCGAAAAGCGGAAAGAGCAUCAACACUCGGAUUCCAACAAAAACAUUAGCUUUUACACAGCCGCAAAAACCCUUCAACAUACAGCCAUGAAGAUCUCUUCCAUCUCUGCCAUUGCCCUCGUCUCCCUCUCCCAGCUUGCGUCCGGGUAUGCCAUCAAGGGAAACAACAUUAACUGCCGCUCUGGCCCUGGCACAAGCUACGGUGUUGUCCGCUCAUACAGCAGUGGUGACGACGUCACGCUCUCCUGCCAGACCGAAGGUGAAUCAAUCAAGGGCGAUUCGCUGUGGGACAAAACCCAGGACGGGUGCUAUGUCGCCGACUACUAUGUCAAAACCGGAACCAGCAGCUACGUCGCUGACAAGUGUGGUGCAUCUGGUGGCAACACUGGCAACACUGGCAACACCGGCAGCACCAGCAACACCGGCAGCACUGGCGGCAGCGGGUUCUGCAGGACUCUGAACUCUGCGGCUGUCAGCCUGAUCAAAGAGUAUGAGAGCUCCAACAAAUUCGUGGCAGCUCCCUCGCCUGACCCCAUCGGCCUGCCGACUGUCGGCUUUGGCCACCGAUGCCAGACCAAGGGCUGCGGUGAGGUCAAGUACGGCUUCCCGCUGAGCCAGUCCACCGCCGACGCCCUGCUCAACGACGACAUCCCUGCCUACUCGUCGUGCCUUGCCACGUACCUCAAGAGCUCGAUCAUGCUCAACGACAACCAGUGGGGUGCACUGACAUCGUGGGUGUUCAAUGUCGGCUGCUCCAACGCGAAGUCAUCGACCCUGAUCAGGCGGCUGAAUGCCGGCGAGAAUCCAGGCACGGUGGCUGCACAGGAGCUGCCCAAGUGGCGCCUGGCUGGUGGAAGAGUGUUUGAUGGGCUUGUCCGCCGCCGUAAUGCCGAGAUCAGCCUGUUCAACACGCCCUCAUCAAAGCUGGCUUUCCCCAACUGCCAGUAAUCUCGACCCAGCUGGAGGCUCACUCUGUAAAAAUUGUACCAAAAGGGCCAGGCGAUAGCGCUCUUGCAACAUAAAACUGUCAGUAUAUUCGUAA